AUGAAGCUGCCAGUUCUCCUCCUUUUCACCCCCAUCAUCUCAGCUCAACUCCCCUUAUGCCCCAACUACGCCGACUACUCCAAGACCCGCCACCCCCCCUUCACCUCGGGCAUUCACUCGCUCCCCUUCCAACGCCCACCCCCCCACUGCCGCACCUUCAAUUCCUCCGCAGUCGAGUCACACAUUGUCCAACUCAAAUCCGAGAUCGCCGACCCAGACCUAGCCCAGCUGUUCGAAAAUGCCUGGCCCAACACCCUUGACACAGCCGUCCGUUGGUUUGGCCGGGGCGCCGAGGAUGACGAGGAACUGGCGUUCAUUGUGACAGGGGAUAUCAAUGCCAUGUGGUUGAGGGAUAGUGCGGCGCAGGUGAGGGCUUAUUUAAGGGUUUUGGAGCCGGAUCAUGAGGGAGAGGAGCCGAGCGUUGGGUACAAGGUUGGCAAGGCAGAGGGGGAUACUGCGAGUCUGGCGGCGCUGUUUAGGGGGGUAAUUAACCUGCAGGCGAGGUACAUCUUGUCAUCACCGUUUUGUAAUGCCUUUCAGCCGCCGGCUGAGGCGGGGAUUCCGAGGGGCGUGAAUGAGUUUGCUAUGGCGGAUGCGGUUGCACCCCCGCCGAAUGGGGAGACGGUGUUUGAGUGCAAGUUUGAGAUUGACUCGCUGGCGGCGUUUCUCCAUCUUUCGGCGGAUUAUCAUGAUGCAACGCACCACACGGCUUUCUUCUCCUCGGCCAAGAACUGGUUGCCUGCUAUCAGAACGAUUCUCUCAACCCUCAGGACGAUGCAAUCCCCAACCUACGACCCCCAGAACGGGACUGUCUUGCCGGCAGGAUAUACCUUCCAGCGGCAAACCACUCGCGCGACCGAGACAACGGACAACGAUGGGCGAGGACACCCUGCCCGGCGCACGGGCAUGGUGAGGACAGCCUUCCGGCCGAGCGAUGACGCCGCCGCAUUGCCGUACAAUAUUCCCGGAAAUAUGAUGAUUGUUACAGGUUUAGCAAGGGCAGCUACAAUCGCCGAUGCUGUUGGAGACAAGAGCCUUGCCGACAAGAUGAGGGCUUUGCAGGGGGAGAUUGAUGAGGCGGUCAAGAAAUUCGGUAUUGUACCCAUUUUGACGGAGUCAGGGGACAUAGAGAGGGUAUAUGCCUAUGAGGUUGACGGGUUUGGAUCGGCGCUGCACAUGGAUGACGCCAAUGUCCCUUCGUUGUUGUCGAUCCCCUUGUUGGGAUAUUCUUCAUCCACAGAUGAGGUUUAUCUUCGCACCAGGGCGAGGGUCCUUUCACCUGAGGGGAAUGGGUAUUUGAUGCGUGGACCAGCGCUGAGUGCUGUGGGAGGGCCACAUGUUGGACCAGGAUGGGCGUGGCCUAUGGCGAGUAUUGUGAGGGUUUUGACUGCAGAGAUGGAUGAUGAAAUUCGGGGGGAGUUGAAAGCACUUGUGGGAAGUACGAGCGGGUUGGGGCUGGUCCAUGAGAGUGUGAAUACACAGGAUGGGGGACAGUGGACUAGGCAACGGUGA